AUGGCGCCGGUUCGUAAACAACCGAUGAGAUCGCAAUCGAAGACCAUUUUGAGGACAAUCCGCCAUGGCCAGAAAACACGACCAAUCAUUGCAGCUUUAAAAGCCGGUGCGGACAAUGCCACUGAGGGACCGUGGUUGCUUUCGGUAGGUACAAUCCUGAACAACUCCUGGCAGGUGAGGAACGCACUCGCACACGGAUCUUUCGGACAGGUAUUCGUCGGAGUGAAUCUGUUCACUGGCUGCAAGGUCGCCAUCAAAGCGGAGCCUUCGACCAGCUCCGCUUUCACUCUAAGAACCGAGGUACUGAUUUUGCAGAAACUGAAGGGCAAGCCGCACAUGCCCGAAUAUUACGGAUAUGGGUGUACCGCCAGCGUGUUUUACGUCGUCAUGCAGCUAUUGGGUCGCAAUUUGUCAGAACUGAAGAAGACGACAUCUUUAGACAUGUUUAGCGCUGCCACCACGUUCCGAUUGGGCAUGCAAAUGCUGGAAAGUAUCGAGCAACUGCACGACAUCGGCUACCUGCACAGAGACAUAAAACCGGGAAAUUUUGUGAUCGGUAAACGAGCAAAUGGCCAGCACAAGGUCGUGUAUUUGAUCGACUUUGGCCUUGCGCGACAGUACGUAGAUCCAGUGACCGGCAGCAUCAAACCCCCAAGAACAAACUGCGGUUUCAGGGGCACAAUGCGCUAUGCGUCGGUGAACAGCCAUAAAGGCCGAGACCUCUGUCGUGCUGACGAUCUGUGGUCACUGUUUUACUCCAUGCUGGAAAUGAUUCGUGGUCAGCUACCGUGGCGCAAAAUUCAUGACCGACAAGCUCUGCUCGUUGCGAAGCAGGAGACUGACUUUUACUCGAUCCUCGAAGCGUAUCCUCCAGAGCUGCAUCGCAUGUUCAAUCAUCUACAUUCGCUAAAUUACUACUGUAGACCUAAUUAUUCGAUGCUGAGCAAAGCGUUUAGAGCCAGACUGGCUUCGUAUAAGGUGAGGGAUUCAACACCUUUUGAAUGGGAACAUCCGGAUGUCGAUGAAGAUGAGAUUAUGUCACUGACCGACAACAACGGAGACUGCUGA